ACUACGACUUCCAUCAUGUUUCUCCUCAUUGAAAAUACCGGUUUCCAUUUAGUGAUACAUGCUGGCAGCAUAGUUCUUGCGAUCAUCUCUCAGAUAAUCUCAGAAGUCUUCUUUUAUCUGGUGAAGGAAGACAACGUGCCCAAUGCUGUUUUUCAGACCUCAUCCUGGAAUGUGUCCAAGACCUUCUCCCUAGAGGUGACUAUGGACUCGUGGUCUGAGAACUACUGGAUCCCAAUUGACUUAUGGUCUAAAAUGUGGCUUGUUUAUGCAGCUGUGAGCCUUUAUAGAAGAAACAUACUUGGUCCUGAGUCCUGCAAUCCUGAAAUCCACUCUCCCAAAUUCUUUCUGAUGUGGGCCAUCAUUAAUUUUACAAGGGUGUUUACCAUGCCUAUGUGGGAUAGACACUUUAUCCUACCAGCAGUGUUGUUCAGGUGGAUUCUACCACUCCACAGCUUCUACAUGCUUUUCAUUUCCUACUCCAACCUCAAUGAGCACAAAGCAUGGCUUGCCAUCAACAACCCUGGUGUGAUCCCAUGGACACGUUAUCUGACCCAGAAUGGAUUAGCUGUGUUUGCCUGGUGGUCUCUUUUGCAUUCUGUGGUGGGUUUUGGCAUAGUGCUUAAAUAUUACGCCAGUGUUCAGGACCAAGUGGCCAGUUGCAUUGUCCUUUCCAUCGUCUUCUUGUGCAUUAUUACAUGGUUUGCCCUGCAGAAGUUCUUUUUGACCAAGUACAUGCGCCAUACAUUCAGCAUUUACCCUAUUCUCGUUCUGGGACUGGGUGCAAUGUUCACUAGCAGCUACCACGUCCAGAACUUCUCCAUAAACACAGCCGUCUGUGGAGUCCUUAUGCUUCUGAUUACCAUCAUGAGCUUCAUCCAUUUGAUCUCUGCAUGUCAGGAGAAGUCCCGCAAACCUGUUGUUGCAGAGCUGAGAUUUGAAGGCUGUGAGACCGUGUACCAACCAGAAGGGAAAAUCAAGCACAAAAUACAGAACUCAGAGAAGAGUUCACAUGCAGAGGCAGAGAGCACAACUUGAGCAACAGUUUUAUGUAUAGUAAAACAACACAAUAAUUGUUAUAUUGUAUGUCUGUACAUAGCCUGCAUACUGACCUUAUUCACUUAAAUUUUAAAAGUGUGUGUAAUACAUCAACCACCAAAAGGUGGCGGCAAACGAUUAGAUUUCUUUUCCGAGGUUCAAACUGGCGUUGUACCAGGAGAUGGCACAAUGGUGCAUGCUUUAAAAUUUAUGUGCAUGGGGUAAAACUACAUUCUUUAAAUGAAAAGAAUCAGUAGUGACCUUGAAGAGAAGUUAAUUUUUAUUGACCUUUGUGGCUUACACUAUUUAGGAACUCUUUAAAUUCAAAACACAAUGUGUGUGUGUGUGUGUGUGUGUGUGUGUGUGUGUGUGUGUGUGUGUUCCUGUCUUGGCAUCACAGUGAGAACCAUUUUCCCGAUUUCACCAUCUAAUUGAGGACCGUUU